UACUGGGAAAAAAUGCCGUUACUAAACUUAUCUUACUAGCAACUCAUAAAGGGCUCUUUUAUUUUGAAGUACAAGCAACCCUAGCGGAAUUACUACAAAAUUGAUUAUACCAAAAGCAGGAAAAGAAAAUGCGAAACCUUAUCGUCUGCCUACAGUAGCAACAUUCCCUAAAUUUAAAUGCAUACGUACACUGCUCUUUCAACCUACAGCCUUAGACUAUUUCGGCCCAGUUGUCGUUAGGAGAGUACCAUUCACUUGUUUAACGACUGGAGUAAUACAUCUAAAAAUCGUAACGGAUUUGACAACAAAGUGUUUCAUGAACAGCCGAAAAAGAUUUAUUGCAAGAAGAAGAGUUUCUAAAGUGAUCUUAUACGACAACGCAACUACAUUUAAAGGACUCCAUCGUCUACUAGAGGAAUUAUGAAA